AUGCCCUCGUCGCUCGCGCCUCGCGAAGACGCGCGCGCCGACGCGCACUGCCGCGCCCUCGUCGUCGCCCUCGACGUCGUCCCCGCCGCCGCCGGUUCCGCGUACGUCGAGCUCGGCGACACCAAGGCGUCGUGCGCCGUCUACGGCCCGCGCCGCGGCCGCGCCGAGCUCGCGGGCGUCGAUCGAGGGACGCUGGACGUCGACGCGUACCGCGCGCCGUUCGCGACGGGCGCGCGGGCGCUGGAUGGGGCGAACCGAGCGCGCGCGCGAGGACGCGGCGCGAGGACGGCGGACGACGGCUUGGCGCGGACGGUGAAGGAGGCGCUCAGCGCGAGCGUGCUGACGGAAAGCUUCCCGAAGACGCAGGUGGACGCGUGCGUGACGGUGCUGGACGCGCGGGGGGGCGAGGCGGUGGCGUGCGUGCUGGCGGCGUCCGCGGCGUUGGCGCGCGCGGGGGUGGCGUGCCGAGACUUGGUGAGCGCGUGCGAGUGCGCGCGGGCGGGGGAGAGGAUGAUGCUCGAUCCGACGCGCGAGGAGAUCGAGACGAGCGAUGGGAUGGUGUUUUUAGCGCAGAUGUCGUCGAUGGAGGCGUACGCGAAGACGGAGACGUUCGGGCGGUGGAACGCGGACGAGACGGAGCGCGCGUUGGACGCGUGCGCGGCGGGGUGUAAUCGAUUCGACGCCGUCUUGCGGGAGGCGUUGCGGGCGAACCCGAGGGAUUGA